GCUGUAUUUACUCCUGAAUAGAUGUAAAAAUGUAAAUAAGGAUAACCUUAAAAUUCCUGCAGGUAACGCAUCAAAGUGUGAGCCUUUCAGUAAAUGUGCUGCGCGCUGUCACAGCUUCCUGGAGCACUUUACGUUAAGUCAUUGCAAUGAGGGACAAGACUUGGUGAUUUUUUUUUUUUCGUGAUACUUUUUACUUGAAUGUGUCUCUUACAGACUGAUCCUCUCUGACUGUGUUGGAGGAUGGACCCUGUAGUGCUGAGCUAUCAGGACAGCCUGUUACGGCGAUCUGAUGUGUCCUUACUGGAAGGACCUUACUGGCUCAAUGACCAAGUCAUUGGUUUUGCCUUCGAGUACUUUGCUGCUGAGCGUUUCAGAGUCCUGGGGGACACCAUCAUCUUCAUCAGCCCGGAGGUCACCCAGUUCAUCAAGUGUGCCUCUUGCCCCGAUGAGUUAGCCCUGUUCCUGGAGCCGCUGGAUCUCGCCUCUCGUCACUGGGUCUUCCUAGCUGUUAAUGACAACUCCAACCAAACGGCAGGGGGAUCCCACUGGAGCCUCUUGGUCUACCAUCACAAAUCCAACCACUUUGCCCAUUAUGACUCUCAAAACGGCAGCAAUUCGCUGCAUGCACGGCGCAUCGCCAGCAAGUUGGAGCCUUUCUUGGGCGCGGGGAGAAAAGCGCUGUUUGUGGAGGAGCCCUGCCCAUCGCAGCAGAACAGCUAUGACUGCGGCAUGUACGUUAUCUGUAUCGCAGAGGCCUUAUGCGAGAAGGCCAGGGUGGAGGGCUCACCACGCCUUCCUGUGCAAACCAUCACCCCGGCCUACAUUACCCAGAAGAGGGCUGAAUGGUGCAGACUGAUCCAGAGUUUAGCUCAGAGUGACCUUUGCUGCUCUCUGUCUUUUCCUUAGCACGUCGAUUGCCCCUCACUUUAUGCAGAACAGCUGUCAGCCUCUACAUAUCUACUGCUGGAGCAUCUGAAUGCACUCCUUGAAUCUAACUAUAUAUGAAGUAUAUUUCUAUUCCAGUCUCUAUCAUACUCCAAAAUAGAAACAAGUAAAAAAAAAUAAAGCAAUGUUCUGAGUCUUUAAUGAUU